AUGGCCUCAUUUCUAACACCGGCAUACCUUCGUAUAGCGGGUCCGUCGACGAGUCACACCACCUUUGAAAACACCUCCAUCACCAUAGACAAGAUACAAUACGAAAAGAAUGAAAACUUUUUUAAAAACCUACUCGGAAAGCGAAAAAGGCAAGCUCCAUCUAGGUUGAAAAUAACGAAUUUUCAAUGGCGGGAAUUUAUAAAGUGGGCGAACGUGACUGGGUUCGAUAUAGUUUUUGCUUUGAACAAUGACGAGAAGACGUCUUCGGGUCUGUGGGAUCCUAGUUCGGCGUUAACUGCGUUGACGUUGGCCAAAAAAGCGAAUAUUGAAAAUAUAGUCUGGCAACUGGGAUAUGAGUGCAACAAUAAAACCAUCGACGAGUACCUGAAUGACCUGGAGACUGUGCGUGUGUUGAUGGAGACGGUGCAGGGGGGCGGGCGCGCGGGGGGGCCGCGCUGGCGGGCGGCCGGCGGUGACGUCACACGCUGCCUCACACAACCCGGCGACUUCAACGAUUACAUCACGUUAGCUAUAGACAUGGCCGACGUACUCAUGCUCAACGGAAACUCUACAACUCAAGAGUUGGAUGAAAUGAGUGAAAGAGAUCGGUUGAAGCUAUUGACAUCACUCCAGCGCAGCUCUACCCCAUUGUGGAUCACGGACAGUCCGCUGUGGACUGGCGAGAUGGAGAGGGCUGCCGAUUGGAUGGCCAGCCUGGGGUACUCCGCCAGAAAUGGAUUUUCGGUGCAUUUCAGGGAAUUGAUGACUGAAGAACUAUACGAACCGACUCUGAGUUUCUAUAUGGCACUUUUGUAUAAGAACUUGGUGGGCGAGCGAGUGUUACCCGUACAAUUCAAUACGUUACAAACGACAGUAUUCGCACACUGUACAUCGCUGCGUCAGAAGGCGGUGCCGCGAGCGGUCACUCUGUAUGGAGUUAACAUGGAACAGAAACCUACCAGACUCGCUGUCAAACUUACACCAAGGGAGGACGUGAACGGACGGGCUAUGACCAACGAAGGUGACAUUCGUCCAAUUCUUAAACGAGUGCGUCCCUACAAGACUCUUCUUAUUAAUUUACCGGCUAAAUCAUUCGGUUUUUGGGUUCUGUCUAACACGAAUAUUGCGGCUUGCCAAGAUAUCGACGACAGUGAUAAGAAAUUUGUUCAAGCCGAAAAUAUUAACUUAGAUGACAUUGAGAUAGAAAAGAAAACGGUCAGGCGAAAGCGUUUCACAACAAUCGACGAUUUCAAUGAUGAGUUUCUAGAAGCUGAUUUAGGUGAUCUUGAUAAUAGUAUAGACACCGUGCAACUGAAAGAUAUGAUAAAAAAUUUAAAUGAGGAAUUGAGGAGCGCACAACAUUUUUUUAAAAGACACACGUCAAGAGUACGGCGUCAAGUGAACGAUCAAAUCAAAGGAACAAGAAAAGCAAGAAGGCAAUUGAUAACAUAUAAAAAAGACAAUAAAUAUGACGAUGUCGAAAGUAAACCAAUUUUAAAUUUAUUAGGUACUUUGUUGCAGCUCACUAGAAAAAAUAAUACAAGGUUUCUAAGAAAACCCAUGAAAUUACAUAGAAGAAAGACUGGAAGUAGAUACCAUUACGAUAGAUUGCAAAAUGAAGAGUUUGUUGAAAAUAAUAAGGGUAUUAGAAAUAAAAGAAAUAUAAUAGGUGAUCAAUUUCAGAGAAGGUAUAAAAGUGAAGAAGAUUCCACAAAAGAGAACGAAAUAGAUAUCGAAAAUAAUAGAGAUAGAUAUAGAGAAAGUAAAAAAAUUAGGAACAUACUGAACGGUAUCCAGAAGCAAAUGCAAAAUAUGCCUCCAGACGCUUCCGAUAAUGAUACCAAAGAUAAAUCGAAGAUCAAUGAAAAAGUUAUAAUUAAAACUGAACUAACGGAUGACAGUGCUACCAUAAACUUCAGUGAAACUCCUGGACAUGGUGUGAUAAAAACAACAUUCGAAAAUCUGUUCUCAGUAUUGGCUGAACUAAAUAAAAAUAUUAAUAAAUUUUGCGAAGAGCGAAGCCACGUAGUCACAGCGCCCGCCGGCGCCGGCGCCGGUAUCGGACACCUUACCGGACCCGUGCCGGACUGCCGGCGUUACCUAGUAGAGGACGUCAAGCUCACGGAAUUUGGAUGA